AGCAGCAAUCCAGUCGAGGGCGAGAUCCCAAAUAUCGUCCACUACGUCUGGCUCCUGCGAGACCCCCACGUCUUCCGCCUCAGCUUCAAGGUUUUUGUCUCGGCCUACUCGUCCCACUACUACUUCGGCCCCGAGCGCAUCUACAUCCACACCGACGCCAGCCCCGACGUAUUCGAGCGCGCCAGGACGUCCGACGAUGUCUGGACCCGGCGCGUCUUGUCGCUCCCGGGCGUCACGUACCGCCACGCCGUGGCCCCGGUCGUCACCUCCAAGGGCGUCAACAUCAUAAAUAUGGAGCACAAGGCCGACUUUGUGCGCAUCGAGGCUCUGCGCGAGUUCGGCGGCAUCUACAUGGACACGGACGCGAUCCCGCUGCGCGACGUGGCGCCGCUGCGGCGCACCGGGUUCGCCAACGUCGUCGGCGGCGGCGUGGUGCUGACCGUUGAGCACACGGGCUUUGUCAAUAACGGCGUCAUGCUAGCCCGGCCCCACAGCAUCCUGAUGGGCAUCUGGCUCGAGGCGGCCCACCAGGUGUUCACGGGCCAGUGGGAGACGGCGAGCAUCCACCUGCUGUCGGACCUGGCGUUCCGGCUCAACGCGGUGCCGGCCGAGGUGCUCGUGCUGAACCCGCGCGCCUUCUCGCCUGUGAGCUGGGAGUACGAGGGCGUGCGGGAGCUGUUCCAGCCGCACCCGCGCAGGCAGCUGCGCGCCGCCACCACGUGCCUCGACGCCAUCGCCUACGUGCGCGAGCGCGACGCGCCCGGCGCCCACGAGCCCUGGGAGACGGACUUCUCCAGCACCUACAUCCUGCACGCCUUCGACGACGAGGUGCCCCACAUCCCCAACUGGGACCACGUCGUCGACCUCAAGUACGUCCUCCGCCGUCGCAGCAACUACGCCCGCGCCGUGUACCCGGCCAUCUGGCAUGCCGUCGAGCACGGCGUCAUC